AUGCCUCCUUGGGUCCCCAACGACGAAGUUUUCGAAAGGCCCCAUUAUCGGCUCAAUCGGAAGGAGCUCGUGGAGCUAGCCCACGCCUUGGGCUUGGACGGGCAAGGGACCAUCACCGAGCUGAAGGCUUGCACGAAACAGGCCCUACGGUCCUGCAUCGACCAACUCAUCAAUCACCCCGUCUUCACCAACCUGUGCACCGCGAGGGAGAAGACCGACUACGAGCAGGAGCGAGGCCAAGAAGAAGAAGAGGAGGACCCGUGGCAGGGCAUAGAGGAGGCGCCCAGAGACGCCGAAUCAUGGCCAGGGUCAGACUCUUUGUCGUCUCAGUCGUCCGGCCACACAUCCCCAUCCCCCUCGCCGGUGCCAAGGCUGACCGGAAGGAUCUUGACACAACACCCAGGACCACCUCGGAACGCGGCACCUCAAUGCCCUCCAGCAUCCUCAGCACCGCUGAAAGGGCACCCUGCACGCGAGCCUGGGGUGCUAGCCGACCUCAACUAUUAUGUGAUCCCGCCUCAAAUUGUAGAGAUCUUCGAGAAGGGGUACAGGAAGCACGUUCCUCUCCACCACCUCACCGACGCGGCAUGCGCAGCUCAGGGCAUUGACACCAUGGCGAACUUGACGAACUUGUGGCGAGUGGAGGCCGGCAGCCUUGUUCCCAUCCAGCAGUCGCUCUCCGCGGAAGGGGAACUACGCCUCUCCUUCGCUGAAUGGCUACAGGCGUGGCAACGCUUUCUCCAGCUUAUCGAAGACUACCUCACUUCCGAAUACGAAGACCGGCACACCCAUCACAAUUUCAUCAGGUGUCGCCCAGGAGCGAGCAGCGACAGCCGUUGGCCAGUAUGGCUGAGUUACGAUAUCGAGAUAAGACGCUGUCGCCUCCGCACACCCAUUGAUCCUCGCGAGUUCCACAGGGCGAUUUGGGACGACCUGUACAUUGCGCACCUGGGCCAAAAGGUCACACAGAUUACGCCGCAACAAGCCUAG